CUUCCGAGCACCAACUCGACGACACAUCGAUGCUGGGCGACGGGACCACCGCAUCCAAGGCGCUGGAGCGCCGCCAGGUCUGCAAUAACAACCAGAAGCGGUAUCGUGCCAGGAAAAAGGCCGCGAAUGACCGUCUCGCGAUGGACGUAGCAGUGUUGCAUGAGCAAACGCGGUCGCUCAAGUUCUCGCUCGAACGUGGCAGGCGGUGGAGUGCGCAUGAGGCCUCUGUGCUCCAGUACUUUGGAUUGUUUAGCGCUGGAUACGACAGGUCCGGGCAGCACGACGCAUACCUUCGCUACAUGUUCUCGCCUCACGUGCAGUUCAAUGGCCUUGCGCACGGAAUCGAACCGAUUGCGAUGUCAUGGGCCAAGUACACAAACACGUUUGCAUCGAUUCAAGUUCAGUGCGACCGCAUCCAAGUUUUCAGCGACAAAAUGGACGAAAGCGACAGCGAAAUGGCGGUGGUCGACGCACGCGCGUCCACGCGGAUGUUGAUCACGUGGAAUACCAUCACGACGUUGUUUCCGCAUCUGCCGCAAACCUUGGCCAAGCGACUUGUGGGCGAGUUCCUCCACCUGCCACUGCGAGCCAUCUUUGUCUUUGACAGUCACCUCCAAGUGAUCCAACUCACCGGUGAAUCGAAUUUGGUCGAAGCGCUGUACAAUCUACUCGGGAGCCUCGACGACGUCUCGACUGUCGUCGCCCACUCGUGCAUGCAUCUCAGUCCAGAUCUCCUCGCGGCCCAGCAACAUCUCAAUAAAUGAUGUGUACCGAUCACCACCGGCACUCCGAGUGUGCCAAAAUGCAUCCAACCAUG